AGGAGUGUGAGACUUAAAUUGACCCAGAGAAAGAGAUAAACCAGUUUAACAGGACUCUCUACCAGUACAAAAGCCCCAGUUUCCCUCUCAGUCACCUCAGUCAUAGCUUUUCCACCAGCCUGAAGAAGAUCAACCUUCCCCCGGUCCUGCUGUCACCAUGAUUCACCUGCUCGCUGCUGUGGUCGUCCUGGGGGCUGUUUAUGUUCUUCUGGUGGAAACUCUGUUUAAGAAAUCUAAAUGUAAAGGGCAGAGAGACAUGACUGGAAAAAAUGUCAUAAUUACAGGUGGAAAUACAGGCAUCGGAAAAGCCACUGCGAUGGAUCUUGCUGGUCGAGGAGCGAGAGUCAUCUUGGCCUGCAGGAACCAGCAAAAAGCUGAGGCUGCCAUCAGUGAUAUUGAGAAGAUGACUGGGAGCACCAAUGUUGCGUACAUGCAGCUUGACCUGAGCAGUCUCAAAUCUGUGCGUUCCUUUGCUGAGACCUACCUGAAAACGGAGUCGAGACUGGAUCUUCUCAUCAACAAUGCAGGUCUUGUAGCAGACGGUAGAACGGAGGAUGGCUUCGGAAUAGAGUUUGGUGUGAAUCAUCUCGGCCAUUUCCUGCUGACCUGUCUCCUGCUGGACAGACUGAAGGAAAGCCCGGGAGCCCGUGUGAUCACCCUCUCCUCCAUGGCUUAUCAGUGGGGAACAAUUGACUUUGAUGCUCUGGCUGCUAAUAAAGAUCUGGGCACUGGCAGAUACAGCUGGCAGUUCUUCCACGCCUACUGCAACAGCAAGCUCUGCAACGUCCUCUUCACACAUGAGCUCGCCAAGAGACUGAAGGGCACCAACGUCACCUGCUACAGUGUUCACCCAGGUGUUGUGAAAACCGAGCUCUCCCGUCACGUCAGUCUCUGGCAGAAGGUGUUUAUCGAGCCGGUGGCCUGGCUGCUGUUCCUGGACCCAACGACCGGCGCUCAGACCACGCUCCACUGUGCCCUACAGGAGGGUAUCGAGGCUCUCAGCGGCCGCUAUUUCUCCUGCUGUGCUGUACAGGAAGUGAGUGCCCGGGCUAAAGACGACGCAGUGGCCAAGAAGCUGUGGGACGUGAGCAUGAGGUUAUCUGGACUCUCCUAAACCCAACAGGACUGUUAAAUCCACAGCCUCAGAGACUGCAGCCUGGAGGCGCUCACUCGGAUGGAUGUGAUUUGAUAAAUGUGUAAUAUAAAAGUACAAGAAUGUGAUGGCUACGGUACGUUGUAAGAUAUAAACGCACAAUGAAAUGUAUUAUCUUUGUGAUUUUUGAUAUUACGAAUAUUGUGUUGGUGUUUUUGAGAGAUUUAAGUUAUUUUUAAAAUAUUGUAAUAAAAUAUGCACUGUGUUUAACGUA